AUGGUAGUGGAGAAAGCGGGCUCAAGCCCCUCAAAGCCCGUAGGUGACAGGUGCCCUCAGCAGCAGGAGCCACUGGGGCACGUGAAGAAAAGCAAGCAGCAGGUCUCCGACGGAUUCACUGUUAAAGCCAUGAUGAAAAACACUGUGGUAAGAGGGCCCCCACUUGCAGGAGCAUUUAAAGAAAGACCAACAAAGCCCACAGCAUUUCGCAAGUUUUAUGAGCGAGGAGACUUCCCAAUUGCCCUUGAGCAUGAUACUAAAGGAAACAAAAUUGCCUGGAAGGUAGAGAUUGAAAAACUGGACUAUCAUUACUAUCUGCCUUUGUUUUUUGAUGGGCUUUGUGAAAUGACAUUUCCAUAUGAGUUUUUUGCUCGUCAAGGAAUCCAUGACAUGCUGGAACAUGGUGGAAACAAGAUUCUUCCUGUCAUUCCUCAGCUCAUUAUCCCAAUAAAAAAUGCACUGAGCCUUCGUAACCGACAGGUCAUCUGCAUCACGCUGAAAGUCCUCCAGCACCUGGUGGUGUCAGCUGACAUGGUGGGGGAGGCCUUGGUGCCCUAUUAUCGGCAAAUCCUCCCAGUCCUAAACAUCUUUAAGAAUAUGAAUGUUAAUUCAGGCGAUGGGAUAGACUACAGCCAGCAGAAGCGUGAAAAUAUUGGAGAUCUGAUUCAAGAGACACUGGAAGCCUUUGAACGCUGCGGUGGAGAAACUGCUUAUAUAAACAUUAAAUACAUGAUCCCUACUUAUCAGUCGUGCAUAUUAAACUGAGUUGUAUCAAAUGGGACGAUUCCAUUUGUGUUCUAAAAAAAACUGUAUCUGACUCUGUAUGGCAUCUUGUUAGUCAUGCUUUUUUUCUCUACAGCUGCUAAAAUAGUGGCUUCUGGGGCAUUAGAGUGUUAGCACUAUUGUGAACAAGGCUUUCCAAUACAUAAAUAGUGCCUGUUCCUGUGAUU